CUCUGAUCGGAACACUGGCGAAAAGAGUCAUGAAAAAAUGGCGACUCUAUAUCGAUACAUAAGACAAUUCGGAAAAAGUUUAAUGAUAUCCGAACCAAAUCGAAAUAUAUCACUGUCUGCAACCGCAUAUUUAAAAGAAAUAAUCGAGAAAAAAGAAGAUAAAGUUUUAACCAUCGAAGGUCGUUAUGUACCUUACAAGAAGGAACAUCUACAAUUGAAAUUGAAAUCUAAUGCGUGCCCUCUUUGUGCCACAAAACUUGAUGUUAAGCACACAGAUGUUCUUAUACUAAGUCAAUUCCUGCGCUCAGAUGGCUGUAUGCUACCACGUAGAAUAACAGGUUUAUGCGAUGUACAACAGAAAAGAGUUUCUGUUCUGGUAGCUAUGGCUCAGAAAGCAGGCUUGAUGCCAAACUUAGCUCCAAAAUGGAGCAAAAAGAAUCCUAAACGUAGACGAGACUGGAAAAAAUUUAACACAUAUUUUGACGAGGACACUAUCCGAUAUAAAUAUUGGAAAUAAUAAAUUUUUUUUUAAGUUACGCGCCAUGAAAGAUAUGUGAAAUUUCUCAGUCACAUGCGCACUGCUUUACCGAGUGAGCUUUUAACCUCAUCAAAUGUCAUCAAACUGACUGAGCACUUUGAAACGUCAGUAUUACUUUCUUGAAAUAUAUGUAAACUUUCAAUAUAAUAAAAUCAGUAAAAAUAA